AAGCACCUCACAAGCACAAUGGCGUUUUUCAAAAGUUUCCAGCAAAACCUGGCUCUGCCUUCUGUCUCCUCCAUCGUGGACUCUCUCAGCAAAGCAGUGGAUGACUUAGCUAAUGCUGUCGGGGACGUUACAUGCACAGUGAGGGAUUCGGUCACGGAGCAAGUGACCACCAUGAUACACAACCUGCAGACUGAAGAGGAGGGAGAUCCAAAAGGGGAGAAGAGCGGCAAGGCUACAGCGGACAUCACCGAGAUGAAACAGGGGGAGGAGAAAGAGGCUGAGGGAUCAAUCAACUGCAAGGAAGGGGAACACCAGCAGACAAAUGCCACCAGCCGGCAAAAGCUAAAACAGCAGUCCUCUGUCAAUAUGUCCUGGGACCCAGAUGCCUACACCACUGAUUACAACACAGGGUCUACACGUUCCACUGAAACAUUUACCGAAUCCACGUCUAGUGAUCUGUCCCAGGCCACAGAGGGUAGCAAGGGUGAGAGACACAGGAACACUCAGCAAGGCAGGGAAUCUGGUGAGUCCAGAUCAGGGGACAGCAAAAACGAAAGAGGAACCCCUUCAGGAGGAAAAGAAGGUUCAGAAUCAGUCCACCAGGGCGAUCUGAAAGCCACAAAAGCCAAACAUAUUUUGGAGAACAACUCCAAUAAUGUUAGAAAAGCAGGUGGGAAAAAAGAGGGCUAUCCGCCUUCAGAGAGUUUGUGUAAAAAAAAAAGCGAGACAGACAAUGAAAUACACAAAAGCAGUCGAAAUGACCUGGGAUUUGUUAAACAGGAGCCACCGAGCACUGAUUCUGAAGCUGCCAAGGAAAGGCUGAAGGAGACAGGUGGGAAAGUGAAGGUGAAGGAGGAGAAGAAAUCAAGUAAGGCAUUGACAUCAGAUACAAGUCAGCUGGUGUCUGCUGACUCCAAAGCAGAGAAACACUGUAAGACUCCAACAAGCAAGAGAGGGGACGCAGAGGGCAAGCCUCAGAACUGUAAAAGCUCGCCCAAGGAAGAUCAGAGAAAAGGGGACAAAAAAGAGAACAGUAAAAAGAAACCCAGUAAAGAUAACAACUACCAGGAUGGGGACCCGCGAGGCUCCUCUUCAGAGAGCGAGGAUGAUGUGGUUGGAAAGUACCAGGAGGCGGUGUCCCGGUCCCAGGGAGAACACACCACAGACAGCCGGCGCCAGAAGGGUUACGUGUGGGAGACCAGGCACAAAUACAGCCCGCUGUCUGCAGAGUAUGACGGCUACAGCAGCGAGGCCUCAGCCGAGGAUGUGAACUGUAUCCAGAGGAUGAGGCGCACGCCCCCUCUGGACGAGCUUCAGCCACCCCCCUACCAGGAUGACGACGGCUCCCCACGCCUGUCCUGCACGCCCUCUGACCUUGGGGAUGGCAAGUGCAAUCAGUCUCGCUGCAGUGACAGCCCCCAACACUCCUACAACAAGUGUCCCAGCGAGGGCAGUGCCGGCCACGAGACAGAGAGCUACCUCAACAAGGGCUACGAGGAAGACGUCCCCAGCGACAGCACCGCCGUCCUCAGCCCCGAGGAUAUGUCUGCCCGUGGCUCUGCUGCUCAACUCCCGAAAGCCUACGAACUGGAGCCAGUGGCUAAGUGCGGCACUCUGGACGUGGUGUUUGAUUACGACUCUGGGGAGCAAAGGCUCAUGGUAACGGUGACAGCAGUGACUGACAUCCCUGCACUCAACCGGAUAGGCAACACCUCCUGGCAGGUGCACCUGGUUCUGCUGCCCACCAAGAAGCAGCGAGCGAAGACGGGGAUCCAGCGAGGACCCUGCCCCGUCUUCACUGAGACCUUCAAGUUCAACCGCAUCGAGUCCGAGAUGAUCGGCAACUACUCUGUGCGCUUCCGGCUGUACAGCAUCCGCCGCAUGAAGAAGGAGAAGGUGCUGGGAGAGAAGAUCUUCUACCUCACCAAGCUCAACCUGCAGGGGAAGAUGUCGGUCCCAGUCACCCUGGAGCCUUGCUGUAAUCUUACUCAGGGCUAUGACUCUCAGAUGAGCACCUCGGAGAUGUCCUGCAGCGAGACCACCUCGUCCUGCCAGUCGCUGGCGCAUGGCUCCACGCCAGAGAUCCUUGUAGGCCUCGUCUACAACGCCACCACUGGCAGGCUCUCCGUAGAAGUCAUUAAAGGCAGCCACUUCAAAAACCUGGCAGCCAAUAGACCACCCAAUGGGCUGUUCUGUUGUCUAAAACACUUGAUAGGUGGACAGGUUUAUAUAAUCCGAGAUACCUACGUUAAGCUUACCUUGUUGAACUCGAUGGGACAAGAAAUGUCCAAGUGUAAGACAUCCGUCCAGCGUGGCCAGCCCAACCCCAUCUUCAAGGAGACUUUCGUUUUCCAAGUGGCACUAUUCCAGCUGUCCGAUGUGACUCUCGUUCUCUCUGUCUACAACAAGCGGAGCAUGAAGCGCAAGGAGAUGAUCGGCUGGAUCUCCCUGGGAUUCAACAGCUCGGGGGAUGAGGAGCUCAACCACUGGACUGAGAUGAAGGAAUCAAAAGGACAACAAGUGUGUCUGUGGCACACCCUGCUAGAAUCCUAGGGAGAGGGGAUCGCUUCUCUGGGUGUGGGAAAUCGGGAGCUGUGGGGGGGCUUUACUGGCUCUGGUGAAAAAGCAAAUACAAAGGAAAAAAACAAACAAACAAAAGAACAUGUGUGUCUUCACCAGACAUGCUGACACCUUGCAAAGUAUACAAGCUGGGGGACCGACAAGCCCUCAGUUCCUUAAGGUAUCCAAGGUAUUUCCUUGUGUAUAAGUAGAGAUCUCUCCAUAUGCUGUGGUUGCAAAGUGAUGUGUUUUUUUGGCAAGGCAGUCCUUGAACCAUGCAAGCUUGCAGACCUCAUGCUGGAGUGUAGAAAUGUUUAUACAGGGUAGGAGGUUUUGACAGGGUGGCAUGCAUGCUCAAUACAUGUUGUCUUAUCCCCACAUGGGUUGGGAAGUAGGCCAGGGUACUAGGGUUUAGUUCCCUUUUUAAAUUAAUGUAUUUGUUAAUGUCAGCAGUAAGAGUCACAGCUCUAGAAGCCCCUCCAACAGCACAGCACACUGAAUGUUGAGCUGUACUGUAGGUAGAUUAUAUCAGUCUAGGUUCUUCCCACUAAGAAGGAUUCUAGUGUAUCAUGACCUGGCCAAGGGAACAGACUUUAAAUACAUCUCUUUUACCUUUUUAGAUGUUAGUUUAAUAGGAAUAUUUUUUUUUUCAUUAAAUCAAGGAAAAGGGUAUAUAUCCUUGAGCUGCUACUUGUAACAGUAAGACUUAAUCCAAUUGUUCGAUUGCAUUAUUAUUAACAGUUUUAACCCUUAGGAGGCCACGUUGUAGGUGCUGAUGUUUAAUCCCUUCAUGUGGCUUGAAACUCAAACGAGUCUUGGGUUUCAGAACUGCCUUUGAUUAAGUACAUUAUUUAAAAGAUCAGGAGCCAGAAGUUUGACUUGAAAUACGUUGUUCCUCUGAUAUAGCUGCAUUAACAGCUCAUAUUAGUAGACCUACAGACUCAGGUGUGACUCAUCCAUGAUGUGAUAUGUUUGAUUGCACCUGGUCAUUGGCAUAAUACAUCUAAACAAGGGACAUUCUGAAACCCAAAACUAGGGCAGGGAUAGUGCGAGUUUCAGGCCCAUGUCACACACUCAACAUGUGUUUCGAGCAUACCUCAGCUCUCUGAGCAGUGCACUUAAAGGAUUUUAACAUAGCUCUCGUGUUACCGGUUCAGUCAUUGGUUCUGACCUUUAUUAGAACUGGACUGAGAUCUUGCUCUGAACUCGUUUCUCACGUCUCCUAACUACGAGCUUAGCUGUGACCAUGGGAUAACCAUCCAAGGGUUUAUAGAUUUGCAAUGAAAUGUCCUUGCACCCAAGUGCUCACUCAGAGUGAUCAGGUACUGUAGCUCAGAGGCAAUAAACAUCAGUCUCCAGUGACUUUUGACCUUUGAUGGUCUAUUACUGGCAGAGGGAGUCAGUAGUGGUAAAUACUUGGUUUCCAGAUAUUUUUGGUGGACCAGGAGACAACCCUAACAAAAAGGUACAACUUGGAAUUGCUCCUGCUAUACUACUGUAUGUACUUCUUGAGGUUGCCUGACUGCAGUAGAUUUCUGCUAAUAGUGCUUUGAUGGGUUUUGUUAUUUGGUACUUAUUUAAAGCCACUAUAAGAGAGUAUUGUCAUAAAUGACAUCUGACAGUCCUAUCAAAGCAGCUUGUUAAGCUUUGGCAGUGCUCUUUAGACAAAUAGGGUUAGUAAUAUGUGUGUCUACAACGCAGCACUGAAGUUAGAAUGGUGACCUUGGUUUAGUUGCCUUCAAGCACAAUAGGCUUCAGAUUAUACCUGUUUAUAUUCCAGAGUACCACAACGUAGCUGAGACAGAGCGGGAGUCUAUAUGUAAAAAGAUGCUUAAAUUCACAUCUUAUGUACUUCUUUCGUUGUUCUUUUUGGUAAACCUUUUUAUAUACAUUUCUUAUAAAGUUACACGAAACAAA